UGAAAUCCAGAACAGAAUUGGAACCAUACCAGGGAUCUGAGCUUUACUCUUAUCGUUCUCUACAAACCCUAGCUUUUAUUCUGCAGUUAGUCAUUUCUCUUCUAAUUAGAGAUGGCGAGAACUAAGCAGACUGCUAGAAAGUCCACAGGAGGUAAGGCUCCAAGGAAACAACUGGCGACAAAAGCCGCCAGAAAAUCGGCCCCAGCAACUGGAGGAGUGAAGAAGCCACACAGAUUCAGGCCAGGAACGGUGGCGCUUAGGGAAAUCAGGAAAUACCAGAAGAGUACGGAACUCUUGAUCCGAAAGCUUCCAUUCCAGAGGCUGGUCCGUGAGAUCGCCCAGGACUUCAAGACGGAUCUGAGGUUCCAAAGCAGUGCUGUUUCGGCCUUACAGGAGGCAGCGGAAGCUUACCUUGUUGGUUUGUUUGAGGACACAAAUUUGUGCGCCAUUCAUGCCAAGAGGGUCACUAUAAUGCCCAAAGACAUUCAGCUUGCUCGAAGAAUCAGAGGAGAGAGAGCUUGAUUGCUUCCUCAAUUCCACUCUCUGUCUGAUAUAACUUUUUGUCUUCUAUGUUUAGUUAGGUGUUCUCUCUUCAUUUUCUCCCCCCUUCCCAGACUUAGGUCUUUCAGUAGUAGUUGUAGCCCAUCCGUUUCUUUUCGUUUCCCCCAGAACACUGUUGUAGUUAUCGGCUUAUCGCUACUGUAAUGAAGAAUUAUAUGAUGAUCUGUUCAUGUCUCUAAAA